UUUGCACUCUUCAAGAAGUGGACGUUUAUUCAAAAUGGCACCCGUUCCUUGCGCCAUUUGCAAGACUUCUAGAGCUUUGAUAAUCCGACCAAAGAAUCACCAGAAACUCUGCAAGUGGUGCUUCAUCACUAUCUUCGAGGAAGAAAUACACCACACGGUCACAUCCACGAAGCUUUUCACCCCAGGAGACCGAAUAGCAAUAGGAGCAUCUGGUGGAAAAGACUCGACUGUCCUCGCAUCUGUCCUCAAAACCCUCAACGAACGCUACAAUUAUGGUUUAGAUCUGGUUCUUCUCAGCAUCGACGAAGGAAUCAAAGGCUACCGAGAUGACUCCCUCGAAACAGUCAAGAGAAAUGCGGUUCAAUAUGACAUGCCACUGAAAAUUGUGGGCUAUGAUGAACUUUACGGUUGGACCAUGGACCAAGUCGUGGAAGCAAUCGGCAAGAAGGGGAAUUGUACGUACUGUGGGGUAUUCCGAAGGCAAGCCUUAGAUCGAGGAGCAAAAAUGCUAGGGAUCAAGCAUGUUGUGACUGGACAUAACGCAGACGAUGUGGCGGAGACUAUCUUGAUGAAUCUACUGAGAGGAGAUCUUCCCAGACUGGCGCGAAGCACGAGUAUUGUCACUGGAGACGAAUUGAGCGAGGUCCGGAGAAGCAAGCCCUUGAAAUACGCAUACGAGAAGGAGAUCGUGUUAUAUGCUCACCACAAGAAGCUCGACUAUUUUAGCACGGAAUGUCUAUACAGCCCGGAAGCAUUUAGAGGGAGUGCGAGGAGUCUGAUCAAGAAUCUGGAAAGGGUACGACCCAGUGCCAUCCUAGAUGUUGUUCGAAGUGGAGAGGACAUGGCAAAAUUAGUGCCUGAAGCUGUCACGGGGAUCAGCCAUUGCAAGAGCCAGAAAGUUUCGUUGUCAAGUGUUGAUGGCGAAGAAGAAGGCACUGCUGGCUGUGGAACUAAUGGGCGAUCGAGUGGAGGAGAAAUGGCAGACAUGGAAAAGAAGUUACGGGAAGACGAGGAAGCAUCCUCGAGGGAGAUUAAUGUCACGGCGACAACGUCGAAUGAAAUAAGCGGCCAGCGACAUGAUAGAAUAGGAGCAAAGACGGAGCCUCGAAACGGGGCGAAGAGAGAACCUGGCAAGAAGCUCACUCGACAGACGCUUGGAACUUGCAAGAAGUGCGGCUACAUGUCAAGUCAGGAUAUCUGUAAGGCAUGUAUGUUACUUGAAGGCUUGAACAAGAACAGGCCUAAGAUAGAGAUUGAGGUCGAUGUCGAGGACGAAGAGAGCUCGACAUUGCGACGGAGAAUGGAGGGGCUUGCUCUGGCUGCAGGAUAGCACUGUCAAUAGAAGGUUGUACUCCCCAAGCUUACUGACCUUGGCUUUCCUCUGUGGUUCAUGCUUUAUGAUUUUGAGCCUUUCGUAUCUGUAUCUUGCUUGACCUAGUGAUCAAAUUCUUUGUCUGGAGCCGAAUCGUCAUUCAUCACCGAGUCCAGUGCGAUUUUGAGCCCUUUGCAUCUGUAGCCUGC